AUGGCUGCCUCUGAUGUGGGCGAGGAGCGUCGACUGCCUCCUCUUCCUCAGAUUUUGCCCCUACCGCCCCGCGGUCCUUUCAGCCCGUUCAAUGUGAAGGAAGCUCUCAUCCCUACCACCCCAGGGUCUCAGGACACUUUCCAAUUCAAGUCGACUUGGGCGGCUGCCGAGCAUGUCAUCACACCUCCCUCGCCGGCCAGCUCUGCCGAAAGCUCUUGGCAAGAGUCUUUUGUCAUGCAAAAGUCCAACUCGGUCGACUGGCCCAAUGAUCUCUCGCCAAACGAGAUUAUGGCUUUGGUGGCUCCACAGAACCUCAACCGCAAGGCUCCUCUACAGCAGCUCUGUGGCCGUAAGCGCAAGGGCAGCGCUCAAUCUAUUGAAGAUGACCAGCGCGAAAAGCACCGCAUCGCAGAGGGCAAUCGACGCAGCAAUCUCAGCGAGCUGCACCGCCAGUUAGACAGCCGCAUUCACGAUUUCUUCCUCGAGCGAGCAGGCUGGAAUCCUUCCAAGAGCCUUACUCAAUCCAAGGAGCACAUCGUGCAAGGAGCCAUCUACCUAGUCGACUUCAUGCUUGCCAUUAUCGUCCACCUUAUCCGCCAGGAACAGGUCACACCGCAGCUCUCAGAGAAGCUGCAGCCCCAGGUCCGCUGCAUGCAGCUGCAGCAGCUAGUCAGCUCCCUGCAGCAGCAGAACCAAACUGCCCAGCAACAGCUCAAAGCCACCAAAGCGGAGAACGAGAUGCUGGCUGAUCGCAACCGUGCCCUCGAGUUCCAGCUCAAGUCCUAUGAGCAGAUGUUCCGUUCCCCCAAGUCCGAGAGCACUAGCCCCGGACCCCUCCUCGCGUUCCCUGAACAUAAGCGCCAGAAGAAGAACGGCCUACCUGGCAUGCGGGUGCUCUGCGAUGAGAUCGCUGCAAGCAUGCCCUCCGAGUCUUCCUACACUUCUUCCUUCCACGACUCUAUGCCCAGCUCCACCUCGCAGUCCUUCAACAGCUCCUAUCUCACCCCCCACCCCGCCUAUGACUGGUCCUUCUUCUCCUGCCUUCCCUCCUUCUCAGUCUUCUUCUUUCUCAUUCCCGGCGCCGUCUCGCCGCCCCUCUCAUAUUGCGUCUCCAUAAAUCCGCAGUGGAGAUUGAUGAUGCACGCCCCAAUAUUGAACACUCUUCCCUGA